AAAUUCAACAAAAGGAAAGCUGAUACGCCAUUUCUUCUUCUUCUUCAAUUCAUACUUUUAAAGUCAAACUGAGGCAUAAUUCAACUUGUUCCUCUCACCCCAGGUUCCUCUUCAUCCUCUCUCCACUCUUUUUCAGAGACAAAUUUCCCUUAUUUUCUCCCAUAAUAAAAAUUAACCAACCCCACUUUCACUUACCACACAAUCCCGCUAUCUCAAAUCAACCUUCUUUCAGACAUAGCAAACAAACAAAACACCGUUCAUCAUGUACAACUCGCCAACACCAUGUAUUUAACCAUUCUCCUUCACUAUUCUUGACAAAGAAAAAAAAAACAACUCUCUCCUUUCUUCUUCUUCACUCUCUAAUAGACCAGAUCGUCCCAUUCCAAUUAUUUCCCCCUCUUCAAAAUUCCAAUAGCAUAAUCCCCCAUCUCUCUCUCUCUCUCUCUCUCUCUCCAUAUCCAACAAUUUUCAAAAUAUUCUUAUUCUCUCUCUCUCUCUUCACAUCAGAAUUCACACCCAAUCCACACCCUGCCUCACUCCCCUCCCCACCCACCAAUUUUUUCAAUCAAAGUUCCAAUCUUUUUCCCUCCCCAUCACCAAAAAUCUUGUUCCUCUCCACCUCCUCCAUCUGGGUACAUUUCAUUAUUUACCUUCUUGUUCCUCUCUUCACGUCACAUUUCUCACUCUUCCCUCCACACCCACCAGUUUUUUCUUUCAAAGUUCCAAUCUUUCUCACCCCCCAUCACCAAAAAAACUCGUUUUUCUCCCUCUCCCCCAUCUGGGUGCAUUUCAUCAUCCACCUCUUCAUUCCUCUCUCUCCGGCUUCAUAUUCUGGGGAUCCGUGAGAGAGGGAAAUGUGGGAUGUUUUCGUGGCUGGCAAGGAUAGUGUCGGCGUGCUUGAGACCGGUGCGGCGAUAUGCGCGUAUGAGCAAGGAUGGUGAUGUCGAUGACGUGUCCACCAUCGGCGACGCGCUCGUGUGGGGGAAGGACCUCGAAAAACACUCGUGCGGCGAAUUCUCCUACGCGGUGGUUCAGGCCAACGAGGUCAUCGAGGAUCACAGCCAGGUCGAGACCGGCUCCGAUGCCGUCUUCGUCGGCGUCUACGACGGACACGGCGGCGCCGAAGCCUCGCGCUUCAUCAACGAUCAUCUCUUCCUUAAUCUCAUCAGGGUUGCUCAAGAAAAUGGUUCUAUGUCUGAAGAUAUUAUCAGAAGUGCUGUUUCUGCUACUGAGGACGGGUUUCUGACUCUUGUUCGAAGGAGUUAUGGAAUAAAGCCAUUGAUAGCAGCAAUGGGUUCCUGUUGUCUGGUUGGUGUUGUCUGGAAAGGGACGCUAUAUAUUGCGAAUCUUGGAGACUCUCGCGCUGUAAUUGGUUCUGUAGGUAGAUCUAACAAGAUCAUUGCUGAGCAGUUGACCAAAGAGCACAACGCUAGCAAAGAGGAGGUUAGACGAGAACUCAGGUCUUUGCAUCCAGAAGAUUCACAAAUUGUAGUUAUGAAGCAAGGAACCUGGCGCAUUAAAGGCAUCAUCCAGGUAUCCAGAUCUAUAGGAGAUGCAUAUUUGAAGCGGCCAGAGUUCUCAUUUGAUCCGUCAUUCCCACGGUUCCACCUGCCUGAACCUAUCCGCCGACCUGUGCUAACCGCAGAACCUUCUAUAUGUUCAAGAGUGUUAAAACCUAAUGAUAAGUUCAUUAUCUUUGCAUCUGAUGGACUCUGGGAACACUUGACAAACCAGGAAGCUGCUGAGAUUGUUCAUAACAAUCCACGAAUCGGUAUUGCAAGAAGACUUCUUAAAGCAGCUUUAAACGAGGCAGCUAGGAAAAGGGAAAUGAGAUAUAAAGACCUUCAGAAGAUUGGAAAGGGGAUUAGGCGUUUCUUCCAUGAUGAUAUCACUGUGGUUGUUGUCUUCAUUGACCACGAGUUGCGCGGCAAGAAUGUUACAGUUCCUGAUUUGUCCAUCAAAGGGUUUAUUGACACAGUUGGACCAUCAAAUUUUAGAAAUUUGCGGGGAUUGGAAUGAUCACAAGGUUCAUUUGUAGCCAACAAACUUGACUGGCUGCUUCAUUGGUCCAAAAGGAAGCUAAAAGAAAUUCAAUACUUCAUUAGACAUUUUUGCAACAUCUAAUUGUUGUUUAUCUUGAACAUUUCUUCUCACUUUUCAAGGGUUUUCCUUGCUUAACUUUUUUAAGUUUUAAACUAUACCUUGUCUAUUGGAAACACGUUUGCUGGUGGUGAUAAAUUAGGGAAGUCAUGUUUUUCUCUUCAUUGUUUACAUACCG